GACCGUGAUUUAGGGCGUAAGAAAGGCAAAUGAGGCGUGGUUGUAGCGGUGGAGGUGGCGAAUAGGAGCCGAGCCUUCGAAACUGAACGGACGCACACAGCUGCUGACGCUGUGACAGAUAACAGUGGCACGUACGUCGUUCUGUUCGUAAUAAAAAUGUACUUUACAUUUUAUUCACUUAGCUGACGCUUUCAUCCAAAGCGACUUAUAGUAGAGAGAAGGUUUACCAUUCUUAUGUGUGAUCCCUAAGAUUUUCACUCCUUCUUGCGGAAGGUUUCUUCUUCACCUAACAUUUGGCCAAUGCUAAGUAGGCCUAACGAAUUUGCAUAUUUGUUUUUGUUUUCCCCCCACCCCAUAAUGCUGUUCAAGUCAGGCAGCACAGAACCAAUAGAUGAAUAAAAUAAAUGAAUAGAAGAAAUGGCAUUCCAGGCAAACAUCCAAAUAAAAGGAAAAGAUAAAGACUAAGUUAUAAGAAAAAUAUAAUACAUGAAAUAAAAUCUAUGACAAAAAUAUCUGGAGUGGAAAGCAUCCCCAAAUUCCUAGACAUUGUUUUAAAUACUUGGUUCAUUUAAAGUCCCCAUUGGCUUUCAGUGAUGAAAUGUCACAUCAGUCAGUCUUGGCAAUGUUAGUGAAACCCUUAUUUUAAAAUAAAAACAUUCAUCAUAUAAGUUAAUGGCAGUAUACUUUCAAUGAACUGAAUUAAAUGUAGCAGCUUGUGUUCAGUGGCUAUAAACUCUUUUCAACUAAAUAAAAUAAUGUAAACAAAUACACACUUAAAGAAACAAUGCAGGGUUGCCAGCUUACACACAUCUGGUGUGACACUCAUGGUUUCAGAUUCUCAUGCUCAUUCAGGAAUUCUUACAGCAAAUCUAUAUUAUUCCAUUACACCUAAAAUUAGCUACAUCAAAAGCGUAGGCUUGUUUGCAAACCCUGCAGACUAUUUACAAGGUAAUAAAAGUGUUAUAUACAUGUAAAUGCAUGUGCAGACCCUGAGAGUUUGCUUCUAUUAAUUCUAACGUUAUCAUAUAUUUAUAUUUAUUUAUUUCAACAGGGUGAAAGGAGGACAAUAUUCCUUGACUUUGCAAAAGGUCAGGGGCUGUGGAUUGCUGGAUCCUGGUUCCAGCACCCAUCAUAGGUACACAGACCAGGGAGUGGACAGAUCUCUGCAGGAAGUUGUGAAGUACGGAAGAAGACGCUUCGGUGGAGAAAGGCUUUAGUUUUUCUUCUGUAUAUACAACAUUAUGGACUGGAAUGGACAAAAUGAAUGUUCCACUCAGAAUCAAUUGGGCAGUGAAUUCCAAGAACAUGGUGCCCACUGUCAGGGACUUGGGGCGCACGGGCAUGGGCACGGACAGUGGCAUGGGCACAACGCAAUGGUACAUGGCUUCAUGUCUGGAAUGAGCACACAGUUUGGGCCAGGGCCUGACAUUACAAUGGACCCCACAAAGCAACCGAAAAGGCGACCGCAUCUGGAUGACAGCAGUAGCUGGGACAUUGUAAAGGCCACUCAGUUUGGCAUCCUGGACCGAUGUAAGGAGCUAGUUGAUGCAGGAUAUGAUGUACGGCAGCCAGACAAGGAGAAUGUCACUCUGUUGCAUUGGGCUGCCAUCAACAACAGGGCUGAGAUUGUCAAGUAUUACAUUUCUAAAGGUGCCAUUGUUGACCAGUUAGGAGGUGAUCUUAAUUCAACACCCCUGCAUUGGGCCAUAAGGCAGGGCCACCUCCCCAUGGUGAUCCUCUUAAUGCGGCAUGGGGCUGACCCAUCACUGUCUGAUGGAGAGGGCUUCUGUAGCCUCCAUCUAGCUGUACUCUUCCAGCACAUGCCCAUUGCUGCCUACCUGAUGGCCAAGGGACAGGAAGUUGAUUGUCCAGAUCUCAAUGGUCAAACUCCACUGAUGUUAGCGGCCCAGAAAAUUAUUGGGCCAGAGCCCACAAACUUUCUCAUCAAAUGUAAUGCAUCAGUAAGUGCGGUGGACAAGAUGAACAGAAACUCCCCGCUGCACUGCGCUAUUCUGGCUGGCAACGUAGAUGCAGUCCACAUCCUGCUGGAGGCUGGAGCCAGCGUGGAUCUGCAGAACGCCAAGGGACAGACUCCCAUCGAUCUUGCAAAUCAGGUGCACAGCCCCCUAUUGGUGCACAUGUUGAAUCAUGUUAAGCAGGAAAGGAUGAAGGCCAAUUCCACCUUCUUCCACAUAGUCAAGAGAUACAGGUUCCACCUGCUGUUGGUGUUCUGUACAGCAGUGCUGUGGGCCGUGGGUGCUAUCACUGACCUAAACUCUGAGUCGUGGCUGCUGAAGGGGGUUCUGCUGGCCAGCGUGCUGGGAAUGGUCAACCUCAUCAUCCGAUUUAUAGUGGGCCCAGAUGUCAAUAAGCUUCUUCCAGCCACCUUCCUGAUGGCCUCUGUCUUCUUGAUGCUGUUCACAUGGUGCUUCUGGCUCAUGCCUGCAUGGCAGCCGACUGCUACAGUGAAGAUACUUUUCAGCCUGAAUGCUGCUGGCUUGUUCUACUAUUACUAUAGAAGCUGCAGGACGGACCCUGGGUACAUCAAAACCCCUGAGGAGGAGAGAAAGAAGGUGCUGCCACAGAAAAGAAAUGUGAUAAUGCUGGCAGAGGCAGGCUAUCUGGAUCCUAGAGUUUUCUGCACCUCCUGUAUGAUGCAGAAGCCGAUUCGAGCCAAUCACUGCUUCUCUUGUGAUUCCUGCAUCGCCAAGCAAGACCACCACUCUGUGUGGAUCAAUGGCUGCAUAGGGGCCAGGAAUCAUUCCUAUUUUGUUCUGUUCCUCUUUUUUCUUUGUCUCUUCUUCUGCUGGAUAUUGUAUGGGAGCCUCAUAUACUGGUCCAAGAGUUGCCAGCUGAACUAUACUGAAGGAGGGGCAUGGGGAGUGCUGACAGCGUUGGCUAGCUGCUCUCCCUGGCUCCUCUACAUGUUUGCCCUCACUUUCUUCCAUACCUCCUGGUCCUCCGCCAUUCUUAUGAUGCAACUCUAUCAGAUUGCCGUCUAUGGUCUUACCACCCCAGAGAGAAUUUACCUCAUGCAACGAAGGAGAAAGCUACCACAAUCUGUUUCUUUGAGACAAAAUCCAUACAAUUUGGGUUUUGUCCGGAACCUAGUAAACUUCUUCCAGCUGCGCUGCUGUGGACUCUGCAAGCCUGUGGUGGUGGACUGGACCCAGCAAUUCUCCUUAGGCUCAGACUACCCUAUGCUCAGUGGCUUUAAUACAGUCUGACCUUGUUGGCUGCUGUACAACACGGUACCAAACAAGAAGAGCUAGCCGUUUUAUGGCUCUCAGUUAUAGGAUUUAGGCUGGUUUUGUUUCUGUAAGUGUGUUCAAACCAUUAGAAAGAAAUAUGAUUUAAAGAAAUUCAGUGAUUUACUUUUGUAACAACUGCCUUAUAUUGUAAUAUAUUAAUCUAAAAAUAAGACUUUAUAAAUCUGAUGUUAUGGACUAUCCUGUGUACUUUAUAAGUAAAUUAUGCUUGAAGUUUCAUGAACAUUUUAUAUAGAGACUAUUUUGAUCUGUAUUUUUCCCCAACAUUUGUGAAACGAUACCUUAAAUAUUUUUAUGAAUAGCUCACUCUUUUUAUACUGAAUGUAUUGUAUAUGAAAUGUUAUCAGCUGGAAAACCACUUUUAAUAUACAUUUUUGUUACUGGAUUGAUUUAAUGUUAAUUUCACUUGUUAUACCACUUGUGAGUGUACAUUAUUGAUUUUGCAGACAUACUCUGUUUAGUAUUGCUUGCAUUUUCCUGCUCUAAAGCUAUAUUGAUUCAUUGUAAUUGCAGCUUACUGCAUGUAGGAUAAUCCUUGCCUUUGUGGUAUACACCAAUAUGCCAUACACUUGCACUGCCUUGCACCUUCACUGUGUAAUCUGCUAUGAAAGACAGCAGUGCAAAAUGUUUUGGAAAAUGUUUACAGGAUUUUUUUUUUAAACUACACUAUUGUAUAAUGCGUAUGGGCUAUGUGUACAUAUAAUUCAGAAAGUCAGUAGUUUCCAGAUAAUUUAAUGUACAAUAUCACACAAGAAUUUGGUUCUGACUUAGUCAGAACAUGAUAUUCACAAAUCAAAAUUAUAUUGCCGUUAUGUCUGUAUUUCCUGUAGUCAGCUGGUAGCCAUUGUAAACUUGUUUAUAUUUACUCAUUACUUAAUGUUUAUCCAGUCAUUAAUAAUGCAUCAGUUUGUUACAGUUAGGCACUAAAGCAUGUAUACAGCUAUAGUAAUACUUGUUGGUUUGAAAUACUCAUUGCCACGAUUUGAAGUGAAGCUCUACCCAAGGCUUUUUGUGAUUGUGUGUCCAUUUAAGUUUCCAUCAAACUGAACAUUAUGAUCAGUUUUCAGUGUUCUUUUAGCUAACAGGGCAAAUAGUAAUAAUAGAACAUAUUUCAACUAAAGGCAUUCAUUUUA